AUCUUCUCUCGUGCAUAGUUCUUGGCUUCAUCGAUCCGAGAAAGAGACUCGUCCAGCUCAGACGGCAAGCCAAAUGCUCGUUCUUUGGUCGCUGUCGACGACGGUUUAUGCGAGGCUCAAGCCAAAAUUAUGGAGUCGAAACGAGCUGUUGAUCAGCAUGUAUUUUCGGGGGCGUUUUUCAAGAUGCUUGCUUUCCUUGUAGCAUCCUUGAUGGUCUACCGUUGCAAAGCGGACUAUCUUCUUGGAGCGGGGAGCUACGACAUAACAGGUCCUGCAGCCGAUGUCAACAUGAUGGGAUACGCAAAUCCAAAACAGAAUGCUGCGGGAAUUCAUCUCAGGCUAAGAUCGAGAGCCUUCAUCGUUGCAGAAGCAGGAAACGACGGGAACAGGAUCGUCUACGUGAGCCUCGACGCGUGCAUGGCCUCGCAAGCUGUGACUACUGCUGUGCUUUCCAAGCUCAAGACAAGGUACGGGGAUUUGUACACUGAGAAGAAUGUGGCAUUGAGUGGUAUACAUACGCAUUCAGGACCCGGUGGCUACUUGCAGUACCUCCUGUAUAGUAUAACAUCCCUCGGAUUCGUGAAACAGUCAUUUGAUGCUAUUGUUGACGGGGCCGUGGCAAGUAUCACUCAAGCUCAUAACAACUUGAAGCCCGGUUCGAUUUUCGUGAACGAAGGAGAAAUUUUGGAUGCUAACAUCAACAGAAGCCCCAGUGCUUAUUUAAACAACCCUGCCGAAGAAAGAAAGAGAUACAAGUACGACGUCGACAAAAGCAUGCUUCUUUUGAAGCUUGUAGACGCGCAGCGUGGUCCUGUUGGCACUGUGAACUGGUUUCCUGUCCACUGUACUUCAAUGAACAACACGAACACUUUGGUAAGCGGUGACAACAAAGGUGCUGCUUCUCGCUUUAUGGAAGACUGGUUUGACCAUCGAUCAGUGAAGCGGGAGCCUUCAGCCAACACAAGUCGUGUGAGGAGCAAGACUUCUUUUGUGGCCGCUUUUGCCCAGACAAAUGAAGGCGACGUAUCUCCAAACACUCUAGGUGCCUUCUGUGGCGACACAAAUCUACGCUGCGAUUUCAACCAUAGCACUUGUAACGGUAGCAACGAGUUGUGCAUUGCUCGAGGACCAGGUUACCCAGACCACUUUGCCAGCACAGAGAUUAUAGCAACGCGACAGAUGGAAAGAGCAAUCGAGCUGUUUGCGAAUGCAAAAGAUUUGCUGAAGGGACCAGUGAAUUACAGACAAAGCUACGUAGAUUUUACCAACAUUAGCAUAGCAGCACAGUCGGCGACGACUUGUCCUGCUGCCAUGGGAUUUAGUUUUGCUGCUGGGACGACAGACGGGCCAGGAGCUUUUGACUUCAAGCAAGGAGACACUGACGUAAGUUGCUGUAUUCAUUCUCGAUUUGGAGCUGACCUGAAAUUACAGGGAAAUCCAUUCUGGAAAGCUGUUCGUGACUUGCUGAGGAAACCAACCGAAAAGCAAGUAGCCUGUCAAAGCCCGAAACCAGUUCUUCUCGACACUGGAGAGAUGUUUUUUCCGUAUGACUGGGCUCCAGCGAUCCUUCCAAUCCAGAUCCUCCAAGUUGGCCAACUCUUCAUUUUAUCAGUUCCUUCUGAGUUUACCACCAUGGCUGGACGACGCUUGAAAGAUGCAGUGAAGGCUACCUUGGUCGAGAAGAGCAACGGAAAGUAUGACAAAGAAGUUCGGAUUGUUAUAUCGGGCCUCACGAAUGCCUAUUCAUCCUACGUGACAACUCUUGAGGAGUAUCAGAUCCAACGCUACGAGGGUGCUUCUACGUUGUAUGGGCCUCACACACUGAGUGCUUAUAUUCAAGAGUUUAAGAAGCUAGCCGAGGCACUAGUUCUCGACACUCAAGUUGCCAAAGGACCAUCACCACCGGACUUGAUCAGCAAGCAAAUCUCCUUACUCCCAGAAGUGAUCCCAGACACCACUCCAGCCGGCAUCAAAUUUGGAGACGUCAGCAGAGAUGUCGCCAGGAACGCUUCGUUUAGAGCUGGGGACACCGUGGAGGCCACCUUCUGGUCCGGCUCCCCGAGGAACAACCUUAUGACGGAGGCAAGCUACACCAUGGUGGAGUUCCAAAGUGCUCCAGGCGUUUGGACUCCAGCUUACGACGACGAUGACUGGAGCGUCCAGUUCGUGUGGAAGAGACCGUCGGCAACGAUCAAAUGGAAAGUUCCAAAGGAUGCAUUGGCAGGGACGUAUAGGCUUCGACUCUUUGGCGCCUCCAAAGCUCUCAUGGGAAAGAUUGACAACUUCACGGGAAUCUCCAGUGAAUUUGUCAUCAUAUAGUAUAUACGUGAAUUUGUAACAGCUUACUAAAGGUCAGUGUUAUACAAUUUAAAACUCUUAUUUUUAUUU